AUUGUGCUACUGAGUGAGUUGUGGCGUUACGUGAAGUGGAGCUUUUAGGUCUUCGUGACUUACUGCUGGCACAAAUGGGUUACUUACUCUGUGAUUUGGAUUUGGAUGCUGGAAAUUCAUUCAUGGAUGCCAUCAUUGAAUGUAAUUCUGUAGAACACCCUUAAUGCUCGUGAGUUAAUGAGUUAUGCAAAGUUGUUAGGAGAUUAUCUAAGAGAUUACACUAUAGAUGAGGUAACAUGAAACAAGGUGCCAUAUAUGCGUGAUUUUUUUUAUCAGAAAUGGGGAUAAUAACCAAGUCACACACAUCAAAAUAUCAAAAUUCUGUUUGUUUGGAGGUCGAUGGUGGUCAUGAUUUCCAUGCUUAACCUCCCUGGAUGAAAUGUUAUAAACACUUGUAUUUCAUUGUAUCACUCCUAUGUUUCCUGAUCAUUCCCGUUGUUCCUCCUGCCAAAGGUACUUUUGGUGGUAGGAGAAAAAAAGAUGAGCCCAUUUGUCUAUGCUAAUUCAAAGAUGAUAUGAAAUUGCCUUAUCAUCUCUCUCUGUUCUAUCGAUAGUUUUAUCCUCUCACUCUUGCAGGUUUCUCCUUAUCACUUAUCUAUUGAAUAAAACCUUUCUUGGUCACUUUUCCCAUUGCUUCGAUUAUCCUCUGUUUUGUGUAUGUUAUACAUUUAUUCCUCCAUCUUUAGUGCAUACAUGCAAUGUUGGGAGUGUUUUACUUCAAUAUGCAAGAGGCAAUGAAUCUGAUUUUUGUGUGUCAAGUGAAAGAAAGUUGUCACCAAAGCUGGCAAACCCUUUUAUGUAUAAUCAUGCCUAUGCCUGUUUUGAUGUGCCCUAGCUGCUGGAAGCGUUUUUGCCUGUAUGUUUUCCUUUUUGAGCUUAGGCUAUUAGCAUGUGUUAGAGGCUACUGGCUACUCCCUGUCAUCUCUGUUUCUUGCUUUGCGCCUUCCAUGUGUUAAGUAUGUCCAUCAUGCAUGUGUAUGCAGUUAUUUUUUGGUGCUACUGCUGGAAAAGAAACUGUUCCAAGGCCUUGGUCUGAAUUGCACUCCUCCCUAAGUGAUUCCUUCAAUGUAUCACAAGAGACAAUAGUGAUAACAAACAGUUAUGGAGAGAAAAUUGUUGGUAUUUUGCAUGAAGCUGGAUCUAAGGAUAUCGUAGUGUUGUGCCAUGGAUUUAGGUCAUCAAAGGAAAGUAGAACCAUGCUAAGUCUCACUGAUGCACUAACUUCAGAAAAUAUUAGCGUAUUUCGUUUUGAUUUCACUGGAAAUGGAGAAAGUGAAGGCACAUUUGAGUAUGGGAACUAUUACAAAGAGGUGGAUGAUUUGCGUGAUGUAAUUCUACAUUUCAAGAAACACAAGCGUGACACCAGUGGUAUUGCUGGCCAUAGUAAAGGAGGAAAUGUGGUCAUCCUCUAUGCAUCCAUUCAUCUAGAUGUAGCUAAUGUUAUUAACAUGUCUGGAAGAUUUGAUCUAAGACGUGGAAUUGUGGAUCGCUUUGGAAGUGACUAUAUGGAAAGGAUAAACCAGUAUGGUUUCAUUGAUGUGGGAGAGAAAACAGGGCGUUCCAUCUACCGUGUAACCAAAGAAAGUCUGAUGGAUCGCCUUAAGAUAGACAUGAAGGGUGCAUGCAUGUCUAUUGGUCCAAACUGCAGGGUUCUGACAGUUCAUGGUUCUGAUGAUGAUACUGUGCCAUCUGAGGAUGCCCUAGAAUUUGAUAAAUAUAUAAGCAAUCAUGAAUUGUGUAUUAUUGAAGGAGCUGAUCAUAGAUUUACAUCAUAUCACCUUGAGUUGGCUAACAUUGUACUGAAAUUUAUUAAGCAUGAGUGAGAAGACUGUUAAAACAAAUGUAACUGUGGCAUUUAUGUUUUAUUGCAAUAACCUUUUUAUGGUUAUCCACUGAUUCUUUGGAUUAGCUUUUAGUGAAUAUUUUCUCUGUGUAUCUUCUGUCCUUCCCAAAUGCUACAAAUUUAGGAAAAUAUUUCUACCUAUAAGUAUGUGCUGCUUGUCAAAUUCUACUGCUCAGUACAUGAAAUUUAAAGCUUUUCAAGCUUCAUUUUUCCCACCGACAACUUAAUGUAUUUCCUGUAAUCCUCCCAUCAAUUGUUUCAUCACAUGUUUUUGCUUUAGUGUUUCUUCCGGAAGUAUCUGGAACACUAACGCCAUUUUGGGGCAAUGUUUUCUGU